AUGCCUCAGGGUGACAGGGUAGUCGUGGGGGAGCAGAUGGGUGCCCGGGGUAAGGUGGUCGGGCAUGUCAACGUCUCCCAUACCCGGGUCGAGGACGGAGGGCGCUAUCAGUGUGUGGCAUCCAAUAGGGCCGGGUCUACCUCCCACGCUGCCAACCUGAACGUAUACGGGUUCCCCCUCACCCGCCCUCUGGCCUCCGUCACGGCGGUGGCUGACGAAGAGCUACAGUUAAGGUGCCCUGUGGCCGGCUACCCCAUCCACUCUUACACUUGGAUCAAGG